CGAGAAACAGCGAUAAGCGGUUUCGACAGAGCGGCUCGGUCUCGCACUAGAUAGAGUCGCACAUUCUCAGUGAGGUCCACACCAUUUCAGCGACAGAAGAGAUGGUGACAGAAAGAAGGAGGCUGCAAUGGGGUCUACUAAUUCUUUUCUUCCACAACGUCUUACUCAGUGUUACCUGCUUUUCAACUGCUCGUACAGUACACGAAGCAUUAGAGAGCAAAAUUAUAAUUUGCUCGCAGAACACAGACUGUCACGUAGUUGCUUCGGUGUCGAUUUCAGUUGAAAACGAUCCUCCAAACGAAGUACCGAAUGCCAUUCAAGACACAAACAGCCUAAAAAAUAUAACACUUCCUCUGUACGACACUAAAGGAGUGAUACUGUCACCACAAACCACCAAGAUAAAUGUUGCUAACAUCCCCAAGUCCAUUACUAUCCUCUACAACAAGAAAAAAGUAAUGAACUUGUUCGCAGAUUCGUCUAUUGACACAUUAGUCGAUUUCGUCAUAGACAUGGUGAAACAGGAGAUAACGAAGAGAGGAAAGAGCCAAAUACAGAUACCUGACAUUCAUGAGACAUUUCGUAAGAGAGUUGGUCCUUUAAAGGUUAAAGGAACAUUCGAUGCCGAAAAGGGUUGGUUCAAAUCUUUGUCGUCUUUAUAUCGCUCUGAGGGUAUCUCUGUUUCGAAAACUGGCAGCAUUCUGACAGUGACAGCUGGAGUAGGCCUAAAAAUAAUGGUACUCGGUUAUGACCAGUACAAGGCAAGGUUUGAGCAUAUUGGCCCUAAGGGACAUAUCAAGGGAGAAGUGGACCACAAUGCAGUUGAAGUCAAGCUGACUGUGGACCUCAGUGGCUCACACUGUAAGAUAGCACUGGCAGGUCUUAGAUUUAAGCAACUCAGUAAACUUAAGAUUCAUUUAAGUGGUCUCGGUAAGUUGAGUUGGAUAUUCUCAAAGGUAGUUACUUGGAUAACCAACAAAUUCAAAGGCAAGAUCAUAGACAGUGCGGAGAGAGAGUUAUCUGAAAAUUUGGAAACGGUGCUUGGACGAAUACAUUGUUACAGUAGUAAAAGAAAUAGUUUCCUGUGACAAACAGAUAUGUCUACUGUUUUAAUUACAAACAUAAAUCGAAGUAGACACUUCAGACAUUUACAGAAGUAGGUUGAUGGUAUAUCUUCAGAUGUGAGCUCUGCAUAGCAGAAACGUUUAAUGAAACACAUAUUUUAUAGUUUAUUAAAAUUAUUUAUAUCAGAUGGUUAAUAUUGCUGCAUGUGUGCAACAGAAUAUAAAGCGUCUUAGUAAAAUAUGUUAAUGUAUUCAAUGAAAUAACAUUAAAUUUUUCUUCAACAGCUGAUGCAAGUACUUACAAGUUAAGUGUUCUAACGAAAUAACACAUGCUGUAAAAAAUAUGUUAAUCUCUUCCAGAACUACUUUAACAGAAUAUUUCACACAUACUUGUAUUUGAAAUGUGAUGGUUUCUU